CCGUUUUUGCUAGUGAAUCGUUCUUCUUUCACUUUCGAAUCUUAAUGUUGAGUGUUGAAAGAGGUAGAAAUUGAGAAACAAUGGAGUCUUCCAACAUCGUAGAUGUUGAUGUUGACCCAAAUCUUAGUGGGGAUGAGGACGACAAUGACAAUGCAAGUGACAAGGUCCAACCUAAUGUUAUUGAGGAAAGUGUUGGAGUUGAAGCUCCUAAUGGGGUUGAUGCUAAUGUUACUGAGGAAGGUGUUGUGUUAAAACUCAUUAUGGGGAUACUGUAAAUGAUGAUGGUGUUAGUGUUGAAUUUGAUGAUGGUAAGGAAGAUCAUAUUAUUGAUGUUCAUGAGUUAACAAACAAUGAAAAUGAAGACAUGUUGCAAGCUAGAAAAAAUGUCAGGUUUUUCAGUAACAAUCAUGAGAGAAUUGAGAUAGACCUUGAACCACCUGAUGUAAAUUAUUCUAAUGCACAUAUUACAAGUAUUUGUUCUAAAUCAACUUCAAUGAGCUUUGAGUUCUUGACUAUAUGACUUUCUUUAAUGAAAAAUGUAUAUUGUU